AAAACGUCCAAAACCUGGCACACUCGCAACCUUGAUGCUAUGGCUUUUCAUGCAGACCAGCAUUAGAGUGGCGUGCUCAGCUCACCAGAUUGACAGGCAGGACCUAGCACUGACCUCUUUGAGCCUUAGAUGCUUCGGUCAUUUUCGGUCACUUGUCCAGCCCCGUGCUGUGAAUGGGAAGCGAUUCCAUCAGGAAGAUAUCCCUUGAGGAUGUUCCAGCAUUUAUGAAGUUGCAGGAUGAGUUUGUCCUUGAGCAUCAUGCACUGACGCAGAAGCUCUACGACAAGGUCACACUUUCAGAUUGGCAGCACUGUUUAAUUUGCCCUGAAAAGAUCAUGCUGGAGCCUGGAGGCAGAGAAAAGCAGCUUGUUGGCAUGGUGAAGCAGGAAGAUAAGGUAUUUCGGAACAUACAUGUCUUGAUGGUUGAUGAUGGCCCCACUCAGGUGGGCUACAUCAUGCUCCAUGUCCAGAAGUCCCAGAGGAGAAGACCAGAGGCGUACGUGCAGGUGAAACAGCUCUAUGUGCGCUCCACACAUCGUCAGCGCGGUUUGGGAACACUUCUCUUGGAUGGGAUGAGAAAGGUGAGCGGUCCAGAAGCUGAUGACUUACGUUUGAGUGUCCUGGAUUCAAAUACAUCUGCCUUCAACUGGUAUCGUUCCCGUGGCUUUGUGCUGACUGGAGUUGUCUGGGAAUACCUUGGACAUCAAGAGGAUGCACAUUUAGUCGCCUACAAGGUCAUGCAGAGACUCACAAAGUCUGAGUCCGUGAAGAGUGACAAAGCAAUCCUCUUUCGCUCAGAAGUGAUUGGAGAGGUUGUCGGCAUCCAAUACCCAGAUGGUUCCGGGCCAUUUGAUGUUACAAUCAGAGGAUGGAUCGAGUCUGAGCAGCUGCACAUGGUGGAUUCCAAAAGCUUAUCUACGUGGAAUGGUGAGCGAUUUACCGACCUCAUUGACUUCAACGAAGCUUUCACCAGUGGCCGGGCAGCCUUUCACAGGAAGCUAUCUCUCGUGAUGCGAGAUGUGGAGAUGACGAAGAUGCUGGCUAAAAAGGCCAAAGAGAAGGGGUCUGAUCCGGAUGAACGGAGAAAGCGAAAAAAACAGGAGCAUCCACUACAUCGAACAUUACGAAAGCACCGUCAAGUGCAAUCCUGAAGGAACUGGGCGCUCGCCAGCAGAAAAAUAGUGACGUGGUGAUGUCUGCAAUUGUCUUCGAUUAGACGUUUUCUUGUCUGGACAUGUUCUUCUGAAGUCGUUGCUGUCGGUAAUUCCGCAGCCUUCAGCACAAAGCCA